AUGGCGUCAAACAUUCUCUACCUCCCGUUUCGCAAGUCGACCCAGCUGUCGCUCGCCUCGACAAUAAGGCAAUACAUCAACACCAAGUAUGAUCAGCACCCAGAUAUGUUCAAGCACGACCUCGAGGUCAUCGAUGCACUCCGCCGCGAUGCCGUCAACGUUCGAGAGCCGCACCCCAGCGGUAUUAAGAAGCUGCAAGCGUACGCCGGUCAGCUUGUUUGGGUCGGUGGAAAGUUCCCCAUAGAUAUCGGAGCCGAGUUCUCGUGGUAUCCCGCCCUUGGAUACAAUACCGAACGACCUAUGGUGCGGAAUAACCUCAAGUACGAGCUGAUGAACGUUCUAUACAACCUCGCCUCUCUCUACUCGCAACUUGCGAUCAACACACCACGGGGCAAUACCGAAGGUCUCAAGUCCGCAGCCAACUAUUUCUCUCUCGCCGCUGGCGUUCUCACCCACAUGCAAAAAGAGAUUCUCCCCGAAUUACGAAUGUCCGACCCCCCCGAAGACAUGGACCACGACACCCUCGAAUCCCUGACCCAACUCCUUCUCGCGCAAAGUCAAGAAUGCUUCUGGCAAAAAGCUGUUAUGGAUGGCUACAAAGAUGCAUCGAUCGCCAAGCUCGCCGCUCGAGUAUCCGAUCUGUACAACUUUGCUGGUGAAGCUGCUAUGAAGAGCGAAGCCAUCAGCAGUGCGUGGAUCCACCACAUGAGCGCCAAGCACCACCAUUUUGCCGCAGCCGCGCAAUACCGAGCUGCGUGCGAUUGUCUCGAGAAGAGGAAAUACGGAGAGGAGGUUGCGAGACUGAGAGAUGCUGUUUCCUGUGCGGCCGAGGGCCUUAAGGAGGCCCGUAAUGGGUAUCUUGGCAAGGUUGUGGUUGAUGAUCUCAAUGGGUUGAAGCGAAAGGUAGAGGAAGAUUUGAAGCGAGCGGAGAAGGAUAAUGAUGUUAUUUACCUAAUCGCUGUACCACCAAAGUCGGAGCUCAAGAUCCUCGAUCGCGCAAAUAUGGCCGUGGCUCGCGUGCCUCCUCAAAUCGGCAACCCUUACGAUUACUUUGGCGACCGCGCCGAGUUUGGACCUGCGCUUUUCUCUCGCCUGGUUCCCUUUUCCGUACACGUUGCGACUUCGAUUUACGAGGAACGACGAGACCGAAUGGUUAACCAGAAUAUUAUUCAAGAGCUGGAAUCUCUUACACAAAAGAUCCACGAACUUUUGGCAUCCCUUGGACUUCCUGGAUCUCUACAGGCCCUGGAGAAACCCCUCGGUCUACCACCCAGCUUGGUUCAGCACGCCGAGGAGAUCAGACAAGCAGAUGCCAUCAACAGAGUGCAAAAGAGCUUUGCCGAUAUCGACAAACUGCGAUUAGGGGAUAUGGAUAUUUUUGAGGAGGGCAAGAGGGCCUUGGCUUCGGAGGAAGAGGAGGACCAAAGAUUGCGGAUGAGAUACGGCACAGACCGAUGGAUACGACCCGAAAGCCGAGAAGACCCUCAAGGCCAGAAGCUCUGGCAACACGCCUCGGAAAUCGAAACUUAUUUCCAGAGCAGUGUCAGCAGUGAUGGUGUGGUAAGAGAGAAGUUCAUCGCAAUUCAGGAUCUACUUGCUAUUCUCUCAGGACCCGAUCGAGAUUUGAUGGACUCCGUACCCUCGAGUCGACGGGUUGAUAUCCCCGAGACGCUGAAGCCGGCUAUAGGAAGACUGCGAAGCGCAUACAAUGACGUCCUGCGUCUCGAAAGCCGCCGGCGCAAGAAGGUCGAGGCUCUGCGAGAUAACGCUCGUCGCGAUGAUAUCAAGCCCGAUAUUCUCAAGGAGGCUGCUCGAUUGGAACGGACAUACCCUAAUACGGCACUUGUACCAGCCCACUUUGAGGAAUUCUUCGACCAGCGUCUGGACAAACUAUACGAACCUGAGGUGGAGGCGAUUGAAAAGGAAGCGCAAGACCAAGACCGUCUUCUACAGGACGUCCAACGAGUCAACCGCGAAUUCGAGGCGCAGAAGCGACAGAUGGGCGAGCGCGGAAACCGAGAGCGCGAGGUCGCCCUCCAGAGGUUGGAUAAUGCCUAUUUUAAGUACAAGGAAAUUAUCAACAACCUUGAGGUCGGUCGAAAGUUCUACAAUGAUCUGAACAAGAUUGUUGGACAGGGCUUCCGCGAUGUGAUUCGAAAUUGGGUCGCUCAGCGCCGCAUGGAGGCGAGAGCAUUGGAAGAGGAGAUUAACAUGCCUACGUUGUCGAAUCUCAAUAUCUCUAAUCAACAAGUGCAGGCGCAGGCCCAGGCGCAAGCUCAUGCUCAUGCCCAAGCACAGAGUCCAAUGCCUUCGUACCAAGAACCUGCGCAUUCUUAUGCUCCACCACAGCAACCCCCUCAACCUGUACAAAGCCCAGCACAAGCAAGCAUUCAGUCCUGGGGAGAGACAGUACAGCAGCCCAAGCCAGUUCAGCCACAACAAGCAGCACCAAUGUGGAAUCCUGGUAUGGGCAUCAAGUUUGGACAACCAUCUGGUGGUUCUGGCCAGCCUCCUGCUCCCGGAACAUGGAAUCCCAACGCUGGGAUCAAGUUUGGCUAA